UUCUAAAUAAAUGCAGAGGACGAGUUGACAGUGUCGGACUCGCGGAGCAGACUGAGAGGUGACCUCAGGAUGGCACAGAACGGAAUAACAGAGAAUGGAGUGACUGAAGGAAUCCCUGCCCUGCCUCAGCCUGUCCCUGUCCAGGACAUCACUCACACCAAGAUUUUUAUCGACAAUGAGUGGCACACAUCCUGCGCGGGAAGGACGUUCCCCACCUUCAACCCGGCGACAGGUGCCAAGCUCUGCGACGUGGAAGAGGCCGACAAAGAAGAUGUGGACAAGGCGGUGGAGGCAGCCAAGGCGGCCAUGAAGAGAGGCUCUCCAUGGCGGAGAAUGGAUGCGUCCAGCCGUGGGAGGCUGCUGCUCAAACUGGCCGACUUGAUAGAGAGGGACCGACUCCUGCUGGCGACCCUGGAGACUCUGGACACAGGGAAGCCUUUCCUGCAGUCCUUCUUCAUUGAUCUGGACGGCAGCAUCAAAACCCUUCGUUACUACGCAGGCUGGGCUGACAAGAUUCAUGGCAAGAGUCUGCCUGUGGAUGAAAGCUUCAUGUGUUUAACUAAGCACGAGCCUGUUGGCGUCUGUGGAGCCAUCAUUCCUUGGAAUUUUCCUCUACUGAUGUUCACGUGGAAGAUCGCACCGGCCCUGAGCUGUGGAAACACUGUGGUCAUCAAGCCAGCAGAGCAGACCCCCCUCACGGCCCUCCACGUUGGAUCACUCAUCAAAGAGGCGGGCUUCCCUCCUGGAGUUGUAAACAUUGUUCCAGGGUUUGGUCCCACAGCAGGAGCAGCAAUAGCCCGCCACAUGAACAUUGACAAAGUGGCCUUCACUGGUUCUACUGAGGUUGGCCAGCUGAUCAAAGAAGCAGCAGCCAGAAGUAAUCUGAAGAGAGUGACUCUGGAGCUGGGAGGGAAGAACCCCUGCAUUGUGUUUGCUGACUGUAACUUGCAGCUGGCUGUGGAGGAAACCCAGAAGGGAGCUUUUUAUAACCAGGGUCAGUGCUGCACGGCUGCAUCACGAGUCUUUGUGGAGGAAAGUAUUUAUGAAGAGUUUCUACGUUGCAGCAUAGAAAAAGCCAAGAAGAUUGUCAUAGGAGACCCACUAGACCCCCAGACAUCACAUGGGCCACAGAUUGACCGACAGCAGUUUGACAAGAUACUGGAUCUGAUUGAGAGUGGGAAGAAGGAGGGAGCCAAGCUGGAGUAUGGAGGAGUCGCUGUGGGUGACAAGAGCCUCUUCAUUCAACCCACCAUCUUCACAGGGGUCAAAGACCACAUGCGCAUCGCCAAGGAAGAGAUCUUUGGUCCAGUGCAGUGUAUAUUCAGCUUUAAGAGCCAGCAGGAGGCCAUAGAGAGAGCAAACAGCUCACAAUAUGGCCUGGUGUCAGCAGUCUUUACAACAAGCAUCGACAGAGCUCUGUCUGUGUCUGCAGCCCUGGAGACUGGCACUGUGUGGAUAAACUGCUAUAACGCCCUUCACGUCCAGACACCCUUUGGAGGGUAUAAGAUGUCAGGCAUUGGACGAGAGCUUGGAGAGUACGCGUUGGCUGAGUACACAGAGGUGAAAGCAGUGACCAUCAAACUGAGUGAAACCAUGUGAGAUGAACGGGGAAAAUCCAGUGCUGUUCACUUCCCCUUCCGUCAGGCCACAACACGAUUCACCACAAGCCCUACAUUCCCUUCUUCUUCUCAGUCAUGCUCAAAAUGGAGACAUAAGGUUUAAGCCAGUAUAUCACUUACUCUGUACAGUAUAUCAGAGCCCAAUGGUAUACUGGGUUUUACUCAGCAGCUUCAGUAAUGUCACUACAUACAACUGGUCAUGCUCUAUUUCACAGGUUCAUAUUUUUCUUUAGAUUUCACAAUAGUUUAUUUAGGUGUUCCCCAAGUGUGAUUUGGUCCCACAUUGAUUAUCAGGACAAUAGAGACAUGAGCUCAGCUGGUACAUUUGCAGAUAAUAAUUCAUGUUCAACACAACAAUGCAACAUUCAUAAAGGACAUAUUUUCAAUUAUAAAUUGAACAUUUACUUGGCUUUAAAUGGGACAGGUUUUUGAAUAUGAUUUGGUUUUACCCUUAGUCAGUACCAGAUUACAAAGUCAAGCAGUAUAACAAAUACAAAAGAACUUAAUUUAACAAAAAGCACAAGUAAAAAAAGUAAAAAAACAGCAGAUGGAGUUUAGCUAAUAACUUGAUAAGGCCUCCGCGAUCUUUCUCAAGCCGUCCACUGACUCCAGGUUUGACCACUCCCCGUGGAUGCUGAGAAGUCUUUAUCUGUUGGUCCCAGAGAAGCCAGGUGAUGUCUGUUUCUGCUGAUAAUUCAGUGUCUUGCCCAUGCACGGCCCUUACUAUUGUUGGUAUUGUUGUAAGUUGUAAGAUCCACUCCCUCUACCCAUUGUCAUGGAGUGGAACCCCCCACACUUUUUGUCAGAAGUGACAACCAAUUGUUAUUGAAAUACUAUAAGAUGACAACAAGUGAAGGACCUUUUGUUUGCUGAUUAAACCAAUGGAUUUUGUUUAAAGGGUUUUUAUCUUUAACUACUCUUUCAAAGGAGAGUAACGAACUUUCAAGGUCAGCUGGUAUGGCCCUUUAUUGAGAAGCUGACCCAUGGCUAAGUGCUUCUUCCUGGAAGGUUUCAAGCAUCUGGAUUUCCAGGACAUGUCCUCUGCCCUGUGGAGACUAGGAGAUUGGACGGUGUCUCUGAGGUUUUUCAGUGUCAAGUCCACUGUCUUGAUUUGCCUAAACCCCAAAGUGUUCAUAAAUACUCAAGUAGUUAAAACAUGGUGAUUCUAAUUUGCCUGUCUUGCCCUAUUGACAUAAAUAAAUGCACAAAACAUACUGAUUAAUCAAAGAGGAUUUUGCAUAAGAAUUCCACUGAUCAGUUCUAUUUGUUAAUCAAAUCUGCCUACAUGAUAUAAUGUGGGAAGUUUAAAGAAUGAAUAUAUAUAUACAUAUAUUGUAAAUUGUUAAGUAGUUAAUGUCUGCGGGAUGAAAAGUCUACUUUUGUGUUUCUAAUUCCGAGCGCUGAUUCUAACCAGGUGUAAUAAUACAAUGAUAUGUUCUCUGCUGAGGGGAAUGUGAGUUCCCUUUUAAAUAUUGGAAGGAACUGUGUUUCUAAGGUAAUAUUUACCUUUCCAGUAAAUACCUUAGUCAUGCAACAACAACAACGUUAUCAUUCCAUGGAUAGUGUCAACUUUUUUUAAUAUAUAUAUUUGUGUGUGUGUGUGUGUGUGUCUGUGUGUAACCAACAUAUACUGUAUGUUUGAGCGGUUGUUUAUUAUCUCACAUGGAGACCAAGUCUGUUUCUGUCUUUUCUCACAUUAGUUUUGUAUUUAAAUAGAAUCUUUGAAUAAAAAAAUUUAAAAAACA